AUGUUCGGUUUCGGCUCCUCAUCCUCUGAAGCAGAGAUCGAGAAGCCUGCCCCUACGAGGGAAGAGCGCAAGCAAUGCUGGGCCUCGAGAGAUAUCUACCAUGGGUGCCUAGACAAAAACAAAGUUCUGCAAGCCGGGGACGAAGUGAAGAGGGAUGGAAAGGGCAAUGUGGUGGCGGGGAGUGUAUGUGACGGAGAGAGGCAAGCGUACGAGGGGAGCUGUGCCAAGGCUUGGGUGGACUACUUUAACAAGAGAAGAACCCUUGAGCUUCGCCGACUGGCGACGAUCGCAGCGGCUGAGAGAAGCGGGGAUGCCGCAAAGGUGGACGCUUGGAAGUCUGUCCCUGGAGCUGCCAGAUAG